AAUUUUUGAUGUCUCUCUCUAGACCCCAUCUCUUUUAAUUAAUUAUCUGUCCACAAAAUUUCAUUUCUUUAUCUCUUCAAUGACCCAUCCAUAUGUACUUUUUAAAUUCAACUCUCCACCAAUCAUCAAACCCACCUCACAAAGACAUAAACCUAUAAAUCAUUAAACAAACACAAUAAAGAAAGAACCUUUUUCCUGUGUACUAGUCAGCAUUUCAAUGCCCUUCUGCAACUUUCCAAAAAGACACAACACAGAAGAAAAAAAAAGUUUUGAUUUUUUUUCCCCAUCUUUAUUUCAUUCCUUCUUCCUUUACCAUCUUGAUGACUACUCCUAUUUUUUCUGUUUGCUUGUCUGUUCUGUCUCAAAGACUCCUCCCACCAAAAAAAAAGAAGGGAAAAUCCAAAAAUUUAAUUACAAUAACAAUCUACGAAAUUGUAAUGAUGUGGUGGCUUCUUCUUUGUGGGUUCAUAAGUCAUUGGUCAAGAAGAGAGGAGUUUCAUACAAGGAAUAAGACUCUCUCGCCACCAUUUAAACCUAAUCCCCUUUUCCCCUUCCUUCUCUACUUUUUUCUUCUUCUCUAUCUGCGAUUCUCUGAUCCGAUCCGAUGAAGGAGAUUACUGAUUCCGUCGAUCCCAGGAUCGUGUUCAAGCAUCAAUCCCUUCUGCAGGAUUAUCACGAAUUGCGAAAGGAAACAGUGUUUAAGAUGAGGAAACUGGAGAUGAUGAAACAGAGACGAUCAAACCUUGACGCAGAAGUUAGGUUCUUGAAGCGUAGAUACAAACACUUGAAGCAAGACCAAACUCUUGAAACAUCAUCUCCCAACUUGUUGAGAUUGUCAGAAACUGGAGAUGUGAAGGUGCCGAGUAAAAGAAAGAGCUCUUCUCUGAGACAGAAGGAAGAAUUGGCAUUAGAGAAGAAUCCAAAAAGGAGGAGAGGAGACGAGGUUCUGACUAACUCAUCUCCACUUCCUGAUCUUAACGGAGGUGGGAGCACUUUCAAAGUCCCGGCCUUUGACCUAAACCAGAUCUCGAGAGAAGAAGAGGAACCGGAAGCGAAUGGUGGACAAGUGGUCGUUGAAGCAACAAAGAAGGCAAUGCUUGGUAGUGGAAACGAUGAUCUUUGCGAGAUGAAGUUGCCGAUAUGCAGAGACGUGGAGAAAGAGUUAAACAGAGCAGCAGUGAAGAGGAAGGUUUCAUGGCAAGAUCCAGUUGCUUUAAGUGUUUGAUAGGGUUUUCAAGUAAGAAUAUCAAGUAGGAUUUUGAGAUAUUGUGAUUUAGCCCAAUAUGCACAUAUGCUUCAAAGGGUUUUAUACGUGCACAAGUGUAGAUAUAUGAAGAUUUGAACGGUUUGAAAUCAUAAUUUUCAUAUGUCCCAAAAUCCAAUUUGGUGA